CGAGCGCGACUAGGGGAGUCAGGGUAGAGGUUAUCGCAACAGCUGCCGUAAAAAGUUGACAAGUUAGUUUACUUGUACUAGUUUGUUCUCAAGCCUUUCGCUGGUCAUUGACUGCUAAAGACCACUCAUUUACCUGCAGGUUCAAAGUAAAAUCAUCGUACACAUGGAACUAAUAAUUAAACCAGGAACGAAGCAGGACUGGAGACAACCAGAGAAAGCAGUGUUGAUUGGAGAGCUUAUGCCAGUCCACCCUCAGCCCCUGGAGCGCAGGUCAGGCUGUGAGACUUGGAGUGCUGAGUUCUCCCCCGAUGGUUCCUAUUUUGCUUGGUCGCUGGGACACGGAAUCGUGAAGCUAGUCCCGUGGCCGCUGGAGGAGAGCAGCGGGAGCCCUACUAGAAGUGCAACACGGUGCAAGAAUUACUUCUGUAAUGCAGGAUGGCAAGAAAAUGACAACCCCAAGGAAAAGACCCUCGAGUGUGGACAGACUGUGUGGAGUUUGGCUUUUGGUCCACGCUCAUCGAAGGACAGAACUUGCCACAGACGUGAUUGUCAACUGGCAUCGCUUUCUCAUCUGUUCUCAAGCCUGGUUCUGGCCACAGGUCUUAAUGAUGGCCAUAUCAAAGUGUGGGAGGUACUAACAGGUCAUCUCCUGUUCAAUCUAACUGGACAUCAGGACGUGGUGAGGGAUCUGACCUUCGCCCCAAACGGAGGCUGGACACUUGUCUCUGGUUCUCGAGACCAGACGAUACGAAUUUGGGAUUUAACAAAAGAUGGUAAAACAGUCCAUGUGCUGACUGGCCACAAGCAGUGGGUGUACUGCUGUCGGGUUUCCCCUGACUGCAGCAUGAUUGCCUCUGUUUCCGGAGAGAACUACGUGUUCCUGUGGAGCAUGCGAUCGUACACCUUCAUUAGAAAACUGGAGGGUCACAAGAACUGCGUCAUAUCCUGCGACUUCUCGCCUGACGGAGCUCUGCUGGUGACGGCGUCCCUCGACACACAGGUGUACCUGUGGGACCCCUACACUGGGGAAUCGGUCAUGCAGUUAAGCCAUUGUUUUCCUGACCUGUACAGUUAUGCCGUCUGCGCUGUUUGUCUGAGGUCUGUGCGCUUCUCUCCUGAAGGCUUAUACUUUGCAACAGUUGCAGAUGACAGGGACUUGAGGAUUUGGGCGUUAGGAAUGGACAGGCCAGUAAUAGAAAGCCCAGUGCCGCAAAAUCCUGUGACCAACGGCCUGUGCUGCGCUUUCUCACCACAAGGGGGAGUCCUUGCAACAGGGACGAGAGAUGGGCAGGUGCAGUUCUGGAGGAGCCUGAGGGUCGUGCCGAGUUUACGGCACCUGAGCCGCGUAUCCCUCCGCCAGUCUGUGUCCUCCCAUCAGGUGAUGGCGCUGCCCAUCCCCAAGAAGAUGAAGGACUUUCUCACGUACAGGACUCUCUUAACAUGCCACGAGAACAACUCUCUUCAUCACUUGCAAGAAGUCAUAGCCCUCAAUUAAUAACCAUGGUUUCUGACAAAAAAGCACUUUCUUUUUCCUUAGAAUGUUAUUGGUAACAGUGAAAUCUAGAUUUUUUUUUUUUAAUCUUUAAUUUUCAAAGCAUAUAUUGUAAAUAUUUUGAGAUUAAGUAUAAUAUUUCUUUAACAAUAUUAUUAUUCAAUUUGUUUGUUUUCACUGCUGCAACACAAAUAGAAAAUCCCAUAAGGGCAGGAACAGCUUUAAAUCUAUGUAUUUAUUUAUAUACUGAACUUCUUUACCAUUGCACUCAUGUCUUUGUCAAGCAGGCACUUCUGACGCAAACUAGCUUUUCUUUUAGUACGGUUUGCAGUGCAACUCUAGCAUGUCUGAAGAAAAAGUCUAAAAUUUUCAUUUUGCAGUUUUGUUGUAGCUAGAAAAUGAGACAUGAAGAACGCACUGUAUAUUCAAGUUAAAACAUGAAGCAAAAAUUAAAACAUUACUUUAAAAAAAAUGUUAAAAUAACUCUGAGAAUUGAGGUGGAAAAUAGCAAGUGAUUGAGUGCAUGCUCAGGGUUUCAAUAAAUCAGCCUUAUACUUGGAGCGAUGCGAGCCAGACCCUGUAUUGAAUCCCCCAGCAGACACUGCAGAUUGGUACUUGUGCUGUCAUCUUCUCUGCAGCAGCAGCCCACAGCGAUGGCAACAGCAUAGGCUUCAAUUGUUCAUAGCGGGGGCUCCUUAUUCUCGAAGCAGCUUCCAAGAAUGUGGCACAUUGCAUUGUGUGAUUGAGGGGACUGUUGUUGAGGCACAGCAACUGUAUUCAUGCUGGCAAGAUUAGACAGAGAACACGCAGGCUGCUGGGAAUGCCUGCACCUUUGCUGGUUGUAAAAAUUUGUAAUUUAGCCUUUCGAAAGUGAACAGUGCCAUGGAGGGCAGCCUGAUCUUUCUACACUACUCGGUGAAACUGGUCUGUUGUUGUUGUAACCACUAGCGGGACUACUUCAGAACUUCUCUUAAGUUUCGCAUUUUUCUGUUUAAAUAUUUCGACAUUUAAUACAGUUCACUUUUUGAUAGAUACCUGCCACUCAGUAAUCUCUGGCAUUUCUACACGGGCGGAUGGACACACACUGACAGCUGGCCCUGUUUAAUCUUACAUUGUUGUCUACUUACUUUGAACAGCGACUGCCCAAGGAGUUUUGACAAGCUUAAGACAGCCUGCAAAUAGAGCUGACACAUUUCUCUUAGCAGGUUGAAAGAACAGAACUCAGUGUGAGCAUUUCCUGCAAUAAAGGUUGAAUGUUAUUUUUCACUCCACCCUUUAUAUUUAAAGUUGUUUAAAAUUGUAUUUAUAUAUAUAUAUAUAUGUUUUAUGUCAACAGAAUAAAGCAAGCUAGAUGUUCAUCCUUGUUAACAAAACCACGCCUGAAAAAUAAACUGGGAAUAGAAAGUGUAUAAAUUCACUGUUUAACUUUCCAUAAAUAUUUGCUGGUAUUUAACAGUGCAAAUUAUUUAUACUAGAUGCUUUCAGCACAUCUAAUAUUUUUACAAGGGUGACGCACAAACCAUUCGAGUGCAUAGUUAAUGAGAACAGAGUUCUAGUGUUGUGUACAUGUGUCGUUUUCACAGAUUCUAUUCAUAUACAUUAAAUGCAGUGAUUGAGAA